UCUGUUGUCGCCAAACAUCAGAAGUCGUGCGCUCGGCCCUCCCAAAUCCGGAGAGCGGCUAGGGGCUGCCCACUUGCCCUCGGGGACUGGAGCCUCCCGGCUGCGCGUGGAUCGUGUUUCCAAGCUCUCGCCGCAAGCAGCAGGACUAGCAACGUGCCCCUGGAAGCUGCGAUUGUCACCGGGCCCGGCGCAUUCCGGCAAAGGGGCAAUCCGGCAUCGUGGGAGCUGGCAGCUGAGCUUGCCACGCCUGGCCGAGUUCCGGGGCUUUUCGUGGGCCUCUGCGGCACGGGGCACUCCGCUUGGCAGGAGAGUCCGCGGGGGAGUGUGCGUGUAACCUUAGCUCUUUAAAGGAUGGUUUGAGGACUUCAGGAACCCAGCCAGAGGGGGCAGGUCUGUUCAGGUCACAGCUGCUGAGCCGCACGUCAGAACUGCUUUUCCCUCCUGCCAGCCCUACAGCCCAGCACUGCGCUGAAACCCACUGCAGCCUGCGCGCCGUCCCUGCGGCUGCUGCCGGGGGCUAGUCCGCUGCCCUCAGCAGUCCCAGUGUGGCCCUGCACAGGCGCAGCCGGGAGACACGGGGGCUGCUCAGGUGUCAGUGAGGGCCUGGUUUGGACCUUUCCAUCUGUGUCAGAGCCCGGUGUGACGCCCAGUCCCCAAGGGAGGCGGGAGGGCCCGGAGGCAGAGCACGCACUCCUCCUUUUCCAGACUGUCUGAGUGUGGAAUCCGGCACUGGAUCUGGAAACACCCUCUCUCUUCGGACGUGCUCCGCUGGGUGCAAACACAACCCCCCUGCCUCGGGAGGGAGGUAAAGGCAGCAGCAGGACUACUGCAAAGCCAGCUAUGCACGGAGAACGGAGUGGCCGAAGGCUAGAAAAUAACAACAAUACUUAGCUUUCGUAACCCAUAGCGCUCACAGUGUCAUUAGCCCCAUUUCGCAGAUGGGGAAACUGAGGCACGCAGCAGGGACGUGACUUAUGAGAGGGCCAUGGUAGAGAUGGUUACAGAGCCAGGUCUCCUGGGUGGCCGUUUAGUGCUUCAUGCACUGGCCUGCUCUGUGUCUGGUGAGCAGCAGCCCUCAGGUCCCUCCCGCCCUGGGCCCAAAGGGAUGAGUCACCUGAGAAAAUGAAAAAUAACAGAAUGAUCCGACCAUCUGGGAACCAGUAAAAAGCGUUGCCCCAGGUUUGGGGCUGAGAUUCAGAUCGGCCUCGUUCAUCCAGGUUUGCUCCGCCCUAAGGCAGUGCGGUCUAGUGGAAUGAGCAAAAGAUCUGUGACCCUAGAGCGCCUGGGUGCUAAGCCCGACUCUCUCCACUGGCCCCUGUGCUGCCUCAGUUUCCCUCCCUGAACCAAAGGGCCGAUGAUUUGGGGGAGCAGGGAGCUUAGCUUGCAAAGCGCUGAAAUGCUCAGCACCCUGUGCAAAGCCUAUUGACCGCAGCCUGACACUGAGCCGGGCUGUUUCAUUGGCCGCGGAGGCACAGAGGGCGCAGUGCACAUGGGGCGAGGGGGGAGAAGAAAGGUCCCGUUUGGGGGAGACAAUGGCUGUUUCUGCUGAGGAGCAGGUUGAUGGUUUGGAUCUGAAAAGCGAGGCCAUUAGCCCUCCACCCACCCGGCCUCACCUUAUCUCCCAGCGAGACAGAACCCAGAGAGAUCGCAUCAAGGCAAACUUCACUUCACAUCCUCUGGGCCUUGGCUGGAGCAUGAAAGGCUCUGCCAGGAGCCACGGAUCCAGCGAAGGCAAACUGGCGCUGGGGUCAGCCAGGGAUUUCUGUCUGGCGGGGGGUUGCUGAGAAAUUCUCGCUGCCUCUUUCAUGAUUAUGAAGAUUCCUUUCCCCCCCUCUCCUCCCGCUUUCCUCCCUGCCCAUCUUGCCAUGCGGAUAGCUGGGAGCUGCAAAGCAUGUGACGCUAUCUUCCAUAUAGGGGCAGGAGCAAAGCAAGGCCGAGCGAUGGACGCCCUUAGGCCAGACUUGCAGACAAUAUAUACCUACCGCACGAUGUGAAACGCUUCCCACUUUCCAGCGAGAGCGCCAGGCAGAGCAGGCAGCGAGAGGAGUCCUGCGUGAAGGGUGCACGACGGCUCCGGGCCGUGACCUUCACCAGCCAGACCCGAGGCGGCUGGGCGCUGCCCACGCCGCGCCCGGCCCCGCAGCCAUGUCGAAGGAGGAGGUGAGCUGCAAGCUGUCGUCCGUCUACAAGCACAAGGAGCGCAAGCCCAAGAAGCCCCAUUACAUCCCCCGGCCCUGGGGGAAGCCGUACAACUACAAGUGCUUCCAGUGCCCUUUCACGUGCAUGGAGAAGUCCCACCUGUACAACCACAUGAAGUACAGCCUGUGCAAGAACUCGCUCUCCCUGCUCAUCGAGUCCGACUGGCCCUACAAGAAGGGGAACGCUACACCCGAGAUCCGCCUCCUGCAGGCCACGGAGGCGUCCCGGCUCCGCGGGAAAAGGGACGAGCCAGAGGCCUGCGAUUCCUCGGCUGCGGCGGGAGCUAAUCCCCAGCAGGCCCCGGAGGGGGGCGGCGAAGGCGACAGGGCAGUGGCAGCGGCGGAUGCCCGGCCCUCGGAAGCGGCGGCCACAGAGGCCGGCCAGUUCCAAGAGGAGGACGAAGACGUGGCCGGGCUGCUGGGGGAGAUGGACGCAGGGGAGAAGCAGGAGAAAGGGAAGGAGACGGGUGGCCCUGGGGACCCCGCCGAGCCGGACUCCCUGCUCUUCGGGUUCAGGGACAAGCCCGGCCGAGAGGCUGAGCCCGACUUCAUCAUCACGGAUGUUUUCUCCCUGAAGAGCCACGCCCCGAAGGGCAGGGAGACGGAGCCAAAGCACGGCAAGGGGCCAAAAAAGUGCCUGGGAAGCGGCGGGAUCCUCAUGGAGCAGUGGAAGCUGGUGGCCAACGGGCAAAGGAGGGGCCCCCCUGAAGUCUCCUUACCAUGCGCCGAAGGCAACAUCAUCCCCUGCUUCCCCCCUCCGGCCUACGGGGACUACCAGGAGCCGCAGGGCCUCAACCUCUCUCUGCUGGGCAUCAACUACCCACUGAAACCCAGUACCGUGGCCAGCAGCUCCAGCCCACACCCCCACCUGGCCCAGCUGCCCUUCUUGGCCUCCACCGCCCAGCUGAUGCCCCCGCCCGCUGCCCACUUCCAGCCCCUGCAGGCCCCUGAGCGAUCGGCCUUCCUCCCGCGAUUCUACUACCCCCUGCUCUUCGAACACGCCUUCGGCGCGGCCGACAGCAAAGCCGUGGCGGGCAAAGCGGAGGCCCAGGCUCCGGCCGCGGCUGCCGUGCCCGCUCCUGCCCAAGCCCCCAGCGAGCCGCCAAAAGCAGGGCUGCUGAAGGUGCCGGUGCUGAAGGCAAGUCUCCCGUGGGCGAAAGGGGGCAGGGAGGAGCCAUCUCCCGACCCCGGCCACAAAGCCGUGCAGCUCCCGGAGGAGGAGGAGAAAUGGCUGGCCCAGGAAAAGGAGAGAGACCCAGCCCUGGGCAUCGGCGGCCCCCGCGGCAGGCCAGCGUCCGACAUCUGCCGGCACCUGGUGGGGAUAAAAGAGGGAGCCCUUCUCCCCAGCAGCAUCAGGAAGGCGGAGAUACCGGUGGCCGCCUGCCCGGAGAACACGGGCACCCCAGCCCGCUCCCUGAAGAGGAAGUUUCCCGGGAAUGGACCCGAGUCCCUGGGAGCUGAAACGCUGGUGCCUGGAAAACUAGGCUGCCAGGCCAGUGGCUGGAGAGCCGCCCCCGCCCAGCUCCCCAGGUCCCUGCACCACUGGCACACGGGCGUUCACGCUUGCGCGCCUGACGACCAGGAGAAGACCCGUGGUCCCGACGUUCUGUCCCCCGUGAUCGCUGCCGCUGACCCUUCCCUGUGCAAGCUGGACGGCGUGCCCGGGGCUCUCCCCAGCACAAGAGAUGCAGCGGCCACCACGGUGCUCAUCGGGGACCUGUCCAAAGCCUUGGAGGAGUACCAGGAGGUGGAGAAGAAACUCUCUGACUUGGCAAAGGAGGACACCCCUGGGCAGAAGCAGCUGAGAGAACAGCUGGUCAAAAUCCGAAGGGAGCUCUAUCACAUCCACCAGGCGCUGGAGAAAGCCACCAAGCCCCACGAAGGCCCCCUGGACCUCUCGGUGAAAAGGCCCCCAGAGAGCCUGGAGCAGGCCAAGAAAGAGCCCUGCAAGGCCAGCCUCGGAGACGAGAGGCUCCCGUGCAGACAGCAAGGGGCCGUCAGCAGGUGCUUGGCAGCCAGCAAAGCCGGGGAGGGGGACGGGAGGCCAAACUGCCCUCUGGAUGGCGAGAACAAGACCAUUGACCUGCUGAUCAAGAUGAGCCGGUCGGAGAACCUCCGGGCGUCGCCCUCCGAGGCCCACCGGGGCACCGUGCUCAAAGCCGAGCUGCUGCCCCUCGGCGUGCCCCCGGAGCUCCGCCACGUCCUGGAGCCCUACUCCAGCCAACGAGCACGUGAGCCUGGUCCUGAGCCCUUCCCGCGGGGCAUCCUCUGCCCUCUGGAACUCACCCGCAGCGCCGGCAUCUGGUGA